GGUACUAAGGUUUAGUGAUUAUUCAAUCGGGAUGGUGGGGUAUUUUUUUUCUGUUUGCCAGGCCACCUUAGCUAAUUGCUAAUUGCUAAUUUAGUGGGCGUCGUGUCCCCUACCAACCAAGAUACACUCAUACUGUACUCAUACUGAUUCAUACCAUUUUUCAGGUAAUUGGUAAAUACUCAUUUACUAUCUACACUACUCUUUCUUUGACUUUUACAAGGUAUUUGGGACGAAGCUGGGAAUAGCUUUUACCUGUGUUAUACCUCCAUCGCCAAUUUUCUCUGCUACUUUUAUCUGAGCUGGAAAUCCACCUAUUAUAUUUUCCAGCGGAAACGGCGCAUAUACUUGAAAUCGACCAUCAUCGUCAUCCUAGGUCCCAUUCCUCGACUCUUUUACCGCUCGUCCAUUCCAACUCUACCGAACAAUUGUACUAGUUCCCGAUAAGGCAUGGAUAUAUCCGCUGGGGGGUCGAUGGAUGCUUUAACCUCUACUCUAGGUCGCGGGAGAGGCGAGCGCGGUGGCAGAGGUAGAGGUAGAGGACGAGGUCGAGGCGACUCUAGCGCAAGGGGUGGAGGACGAGGUAGAUCGCAACGUGGAAGAGGAAGAGGAGGUAACGCACCAGCUACGUCGGCCACCCCUUCCACGACAUCUAUCCUGCAGCCAGAGGCAAACAAGGCAACACAGAUCCUCCCACAACCUCACAUACGAAACAAGUCCACCGAGGCUGAAGGAGGUGAAGAGGAUGUAGAGGCCGAAGUGUGCUUCAUCUGUGCUAGUCCCGUCAUCCACCAAUCCGUGGCUCCUUGCAAUCAUAGGACCUGCCAUAUAUGUGCUCUACGUAUGAGAGCAUUGUACAAGAACAAGGAAUGCGCACAUUGUCGGACACUGGCCCCUUUCGUUCUCUUUACGGAUGACGCUACGAAACGAUACCAAGACUAUUCCGACGCCGAUGUCACCAGUACUGACGAGAAUAUUGGUAUCCGAUAUUCAAACGAAGACAUAGUUGGGGAUACCGUCCUACUUCUACGUUACAACUGUCCCGAUGAUUCCUGCGACUUCGCCGGCCUUGGUUGGCCCGACCUGCAUCGACAUGUUCGUGCCAUACACCAUAAGAAGAUGUGCGACUUAUGCACCAGAAAUAAGAAAGUAUUCACCCACGAACACGAGUUAUUUACCGACAAGGAGUUGGAGAGACAUAUGCGGCACGGGGACGAUCAACCAGGCGCCGUCGACCAGACUGGAUUCAAGGGCCAUCCGCUAUGCGCCUUCUGCGGCCAACGAUUCUACGACGAUGACAAGCUCUAUGAACAUUGCCGAAAUAAGCAUGAGCGCUGCUUUCUAUGCGACCGCGCCGACCCUCGACAACCCCAUUACUACCGCGAUUAUAAUGCCUUAGAGGAACAUUUUAAGAAGGAUCAUUUCUUGUGCCUCGACCGUGAAUGCUUGGAGAAGAAAUUCGUUGUUUUUGGAUCGGAGAUAGACUUGAAGGCGCAUCAACUUGACGAACACGCGAACUCCUUGUCCAAAGAUGUGAGGCGUGAUGCCCGCCAAGUUGACAUUUCAAGCUUUGACUAUCGGCAGCCAUAUCAACCACAGAGACGCGGUGGCGGUUCCGGUCGAGAUAGGGAUGGGGAUAGGGAUAGGGAUCGUGAGAGACGAGGAAGGGGUCGCGAUCCAAAUGCCGAGCCAAUUCCUGCUAGUUCGGCGCAACCACUUCGACGUGACGAACUCGCUUUCCAGCGACAGAUGGCCAUACAUUCCUCGCAGUCCGUAACCAACCGAUCCUUUGGCGGUCAGCUAUCAACACCUUCAACAAGCAAUGCGGGCUCAUCUGGUCAGACAAGCCAACGCCCUCCCGUGGAUUCUACAGUCACUUCGACUCCUGCGCCGCCAACUUCCAAUAUGGAAGGCCUAAAUUUGACUGAUCCGAACCUCACACCAGAGGAUCGCGCGCGCCUAUUACGACAUUCUGCCGUGAUAGAACGAGCCUCAAACCUCCUUCAAAACGAUCGCGAUAAGAUCGCCGCCUUCCGAAGUCAUAUAUCAUCCUAUAGACAAGACAAGAUUUCCGCGGCAGCACUCCUAGAUGCUCUAUUCUCAUUAUUCUCCGAUACAUCAUCUUCUGCUCUGGGGACCUUGAUUCGCGAGACUAUCGAUCUUUUCGAAGACAAGAGCAAAGGCGACAGAUUGCGAAAGGCAUGGAACGACUGGAGGGCUGUAAAUGAGGAUUACCCAACGCUUCCUGGUUUGGGCGGUAUGCAUGGCGCGACAACCUCUAGUACUGGUUGGGCGGCUGCUGCUGCUAGCUCUCCCACAGCGGCAGCUGUGGCACCAUCUCAGAGACAUACCACAAGGGUGCUUAAGCUUAAGAGUUCUACGCAGCAGUCUCGACGAUCUAGCGUAGAGCAAUCCUCAUCCCUCUUUUCCAACGCGGGCCAGUCCCGACGUCCACCACCGCCAGCAGCCGCCUCCUUCCCCGCGUUACCACCUCCUAGCAAUAGCAACAGAAGUGCGACGCGUUCCCCAGCUACGGCUCUUUGGGGUUCCAGUGGAGGAACACCAACUCCGGCUAGGGCGGCGAGAUCUACGAACCGAGAUGAAGCUUUCCCAGCCCUCCCCACAGCGCCCAAACCUACAACUACAAUAUUUGGGUACGGAACUGGGAGUGUACGUAGAGAUGCUGGGGGUCCAAGAGGCACUGGUUUUUCAUGGGGUGGUACGAAUGGAGGUGCUUCUGCUUCUACGGAAGAUAACGCCGAGGAGGACACCGGCGAUGGAGCUGGAAAGGGUAAAAAGGGGAAUAAAGGCAGGAAGAAAGUCUUAGUUCAAUGGGGUUGAAAAUAUUUAGAGGCUCAUGUAUGACUUUCUCUGAGCAUUGUAGCACAUAAUCAUGAUGAUCAUGAUAGGAAUGGUAAU